CACCCCAGCCCCUCGGCCCUCGCCUCCUGCCCUACCUCCCAGCCCCAGCGGUCCGACUGGUUCGCAACAAAAACACCCUAAGAAUGAGCUCACAGUGAGGCUGCCGCCUCCACACACCCCGCCCCACACGCCCAGCGGAGGAGGGCGCCUCCCGUUCCCGGUCACACAGCCAGGAGGUCGGGGCCAGGGGACCCGGGGCCCUUGGGGUGCUGAGGGCUGGCCAGGAGCAGCAAUGUCCGUGCAGGUGGCGGCCCCCGGAGGCGUGGGGCUGGGCCCAGAGCGCCUGAGCCCCGAGGAGCUGGUGCAGCAGACGCGACACGUGGUGCAGGGGCUGGAGGCGCUCCGUGCGGAGCACCGGGGCCUGGCCGGCCACCUGGCGGAGGCGCUGGCCGGCCCGGGCCCGGGGGCGGGCCUGGAGCUGCUGGAAGAGAAGCAGCAGGUGGUCAGCCACUCGCUGGAAGCCAUCGAGCUGGGGCUGGGCGAAGCCCAGGUGCUGUUGGCCCUGUCUGCCCAUGUGGGCGCCCUGGAGGCCGAGAAGCAGCGGCUGCGAGCGCAGGCCCGGCGGCUGGCCCAGGAGAACACGUGGCUGCGGGAGGAGCUGGAGGAGACGCAGCGGCGGCUGCGGGCCAGCGAGGAGGCCGUGGCGCAGCUGGAGGAGGAGAAGGGCCACCUGGAGUUCCUGGGGCAGCUGCGCCAGUACGACCCGCCUGUGGAGAGCCAGCAGCCUGAGUCCCCCCACCGCCGAGACAGCCUGGCCUCCCUGUUCCCCAGUGAGGAGGAGGAAAGGAAAGGUCCUGAGGCGGUGGGGGCCGCAGCGGCGCAACAGGGGGGCUACGAGAUCCCGGCCCGCCUUCGGACCCUGCACAACCUCGUGAUCCAGUACGCGGGGCAGGGCCGCUAUGAGGUGGCCGUGCCGCUGUGCCGCCAGGCCUUGGAGGACCUGGAGCGGAGCUCCGGCCACUGCCACCCUGACGUGGCCACCAUGCUCAACAUCCUGGCGCUGGUGUACCGGGACCAGAACAAGUACAAGGAAGCCACAGACCUUCUCCACGACGCCCUGCAGAUCCGGGAGCAGACGCUGGGCCCCGAGCACCCCGCGGUGGCUGCCACCCUGAACAACCUGGCUGUCCUGUACGGGAAGCGCGGGCGGUACCGGGAGGCGGAGCCCCUGUGCCAGCGCGCCCUGGAGAUCCGCGAGAAGGUCCUGGGCGCCGACCACCCGGACGUGGCCAAGCAGCUCAACAACCUGGCGCUGCUGUGCCAGAACCAGGGCAAGUUCGAGGAGGUGGAGCGGCACUACGCCCGAGCCCUGAGCAUUUACGAGGCCCUGGGCGGGCCCCACGACCCUAACGUGGCCAAGACCAAGAACAACCUGGCCUCAGCCUACCUGAAACAGAACAAGUACCAGCAGGCGGAAGAGCUGUACAAAGAAAUCCUCAGCACGGAGGACCUGCCCGCCCCUCUCGGAGCCCCCAGCACAGGCAGAGCGGGUGACGCAGAACAACAGACCCUUCGCCGGAGCAGCUCCUUCUCCAAGCUCCGGGAGUCUAUCCGGCGUGGAAGCGAGAAGCUGGUCUCCCGUCUCAGAGGCGAGGGGGCGGCGGGAGCAGCCGGGAUGAAGAGAGCUGUGUCCCUCAGCACGCUGCACGUGGGUGGUGCAAGGGCUACUGGGGCCCAGUUCCCCCACCGGCACCUGAGCGAGGCCUCUCGGACCCUCAGCGCCAGCACCCAGGACCUGGGCCCCCGCUAAAGUCCACAGGACACGUGCCUGCAGCUUCCUCGAGAGGGGGUCCUUUCAUCCCCCUGCCGGGCGCCCCGCCCCCUGGGACACCCUGUGUAUUGGGCUGCCCUCUCCUCUGCUAUUAAAGGCUGUCGAUCUGGCCGCCA